AUGGUCGGGACGGUCGAUGGUGGUCUCAAAGAACGGAGGAAGAAGGUGUCGGGAGAGCAGAAGAGGUUCAUCGGAGUGCGGCAGAGGCCGUCCGGAAGGUGGGUGGCGGAGAUCAAGGACUCGUUGCAGAAGGUCAGGCUGUGGCUCGGAACGUUCGACACGGCCGAGGACGCGGCACGGGCAUAUGACCAAGCUGCCCGAACCCUCCGUGGAGCCAAUGCACGCACCAACUUCGAUUCCACCAGUACCCCCUCUGGAGCUGGAGCCACAGGGGGUCAUGACCAUCCCUUGGAGGACAUGCCACCCUUCUCGUUCGAGAAGCACAGCGGCGAGUCAUCAGAGGGGCUUGUCGGUGCGCUGCAGGCGAAGCUGCUUGAUGGGAAGCUGGCAAAUGCUCUCGGUGCCAGGCUAUCACUGCAUGCUGGCCGGAAAGAAGAAGCCGGCGUGCCCAAUCUUGGUUUGUGGCCAACAUCAUCCACGGGCCAGGGGGCCGGGGUGGCAGCGAGGCCCUUAACCGGACGGAAAGCGCGCCUUUUCCUCUCGCCCAGCAUCCUGGAUGGCCCCAGUUCUUCCAGUUCCAGCUCCUCUGGUGUCUUUAGCGCCAGCACGGGCUCCACUGCUGCACCCACAGGUGGCAUGUCGCAAUCUUUUGAUCCAUGCUUGGGUCCGCAAUCCUCCACGAGGGGGAAGGUGGAAGCUGCUGCAAGCGCGAGCACGGAUCGGCCGGAUGCCCGGGCGUCUGCAGGGGCAAAGGGUUUUGGGUCCCCCAGCACUAUUUCUUUCCUAACUUUGGAGGAGGAAUUAGAGGAGAGUGCCCGGGGUCCCUGGGAUCACCGGCAAUUAUAUAUAUAG